AUGUUAAGGCUAACCAAAUUGGCAUUUUCCCUAUCUAAUAAUGAUAGUAUAAUAAAAGGGUAUCGUAUGAAAAUUCCAGAUAUAAUAAAGUUAUUAAAAAAAAAUAGAGACAUAAAUAAGGAAGAAUUAGAUAAUAUUAAUGUGCAAAUAAUUAAUACUAUAAACAAUAUUAACCCACAAAAAAUUAUUAAUAAUAUAAUAUUUUAUAAGAAAAGGGAAAAACAAGAUUUGAACUCUUUAAAAAAAAAAAUAUUAUUUAAUCAUUUAUUACUUCGCGAAAUAGUAAAUCAUAAUAAUAACAAUAUUACAACUAAUAAUAAUAAUGCUAGCUUUCAAUUAUAUGAAUCUAAAGAUGAUGUAGAAAAUGGGAUAAAUAUCAAUGAGGAAGAAACAAAUGAAAAACAAACUAAUCUUAUUAAUUCGGGCAAAAGUAUAUAUGGCCGAUAUAAAAGGAAAAGUAUUUUAAAACAACGAAGGGGAAACAAUAUUAUUGAAAAGGGAGGAUGUAAUUAUGUUAAUAAUCUUACUAAUCCCUUGAAUGAAGAGCAACAAAAAAAAGAAGAAACACAUGAUUCCUAUAAAUUAUAUAUUCAUAAUGAUGAAGAAAAAAAGGUGAACUUUUCAUUAUUUGAAUUAACAAAUAAUUAUAAAAGUUUUAUAUUAGAUAAUAUUUUAAUAAAUAUUUGUUCUUAUAUAUAUAAUUAUAAAAUAUUAAACGAAAUAAAUACAAACGAAAAUAAUAGACAUGAGUUAGUUUCUGUUUUAUUAAUAUCAAAUAUUUUUCGCCAUUUUUUUGAGUUAAGAUUUGGAUAUACAUAUAUUACACAUUUUUUAAGUGGCCUAAGCUUAUAUAGAAUUAAAAAAGACAUAAGUAAUGAUAAUAUAAACUUUAAAAUAAUCGAUGAGUAUAUAACAAAUCAAAAAGAGAGUACUGAAGUAAUUUUCGAAAAGGAAUAUGAUAUUUCUUAUAUUCUUGAAUAUCUUGGAAAAUAUGGAAAUACUAUCGAACAAAAUUGUAUAAAUGUUGAUGAGACUAAUUUAGUUAAUCAAAAUGUGCUAGAGAAUAAUCACAACUCAUAUAUAUACAAAUUUGAAGAUGAUAAUUAUAAAAGUAAAAAAAAAAAAUAUAUAAUUAAUACAAAAGAUAACAUUUUAAUACAGUAUAACAUAGAUGAAUCAUAUCUACAUCAUUUUUUAAAUAUAUUAGCAAAUAAAUAUAAUAUAAAUAAAAUGAAUUUUAAUAACCUUUGUCAGCUAAUGCAUAUGUAUACCAUGUCCAAUUAUUUUGUAAUUAAUUUUUUUUCUUCUUUUCCAAUUUUAUUUUUAAAAAAUAAAGUAGACAAAAAUAUUAAUACACUUAUCAUGUCUCUUAAUUCUUGUAUUUUUUUCUUAAAAGGGAAAUCAUAUAUAAAUGCCAAUAACCCAUUCCAUAUUUAUAUAAAAACAGAAAAUGAUUCCAAACAAAUAAAUGACCAAAAUUUGCAUAUAAACCAAUUAAAGGAGAAAAUAUAUUCUUUAGUAGAACAAAUAAUAAAUUAUUUAUAUAUUAAUAAAGAAAUUAUGAAUAAUAAUCAUCUUUUACAAAUUUUAGAAAUACUUUCAUAUAUUAAUUAUAAUAAAACACUUUUUUCUUAUAUUUUUAAACAAAUAAAUAAUAAUCUUUGCCUUUUAGAUAAAUAUCAAAUUUUGUUUUUUCUCAAUUCCCUAUCCAAUUAUGAUAUAGUAUAUAACCAAACAAAAAAUAAAAUUUACAAGGAAACGAUAAGAAAUAUAGAUCACUAUUCAAGCAAAGAAAUUAGACAGUUGGAAAAGUAUCUCCAAAUAAAAUAUUAA